GCCUGUUUGGAGAUGACAGUCCUGGCUCUCGAGCGCAGGCAGGAGCAGGGGGUCCCUUUCCUUUCUGGGCUGACCACCAGGCUGCGGUUGGAAUAAAAAUAGCUUAAAGCUGCCAGGCUCGGCGAUGGGGAGGGGAUGGCUAGGCAUUAAGCUUCAUGCUUUAUUCACGCUGCAGGCUUUUAUAAAAGCAGCGUAAAUCAUGCAGGGCAGCCAUGGGCUCUCCAGACGACAUCAUUCAGGCUCUCAGACACAUUGAUUUGCGUGCUGGAAACUGAACCUGUCCCCUUUGCUCUAACCCAACCUGUGGGGAGAGGCCUGGCGGAUGAAGAUGGUGAGAUGCUGCGCCGCAUAUCAGCUCUCCUCCAUGUUCAUGGAACACUGCAUAUCUCCCCUGUGUUCUAACCUAUUUUUUUGAUAUUUUGGGCUUCAGCAUUGUUAUGUAUGCGAACGCCGUUUGCUGAGAAACUGUGUCAGCCUUCCUCGUAAUUAAGAGUCUGGCAGGAGUCAGCGCGACAGUCAUUUUGGAGAUGACGCUUCCAGUUUGGAGCUGACAGUAAGCUGGGGUGCUGCGGCAGGGGCUGCGUGCGGGGGUGAGGGGAUGUUCUGAUGUUCUGCGGCUGAGCGGGGCAGAGGGACCCACCAGGAGCCUGGCGCAGGAGCAGAGGGUUUGGUGGCUGGCCCCAUCCUGGGGAGCUGGGGAGCUCGUCCCAAGGAUCAGCUGUGCCGGGCCGUCGGCAGCGGGCUGGGCAGCUGCCCUGGCCGGGGGAGAGUGAAGAUGAGCAGCAGCACGGCCCAUCUCCUGAUGACUCUCUUCAUGGUGGCAGUGGCGGCGAUGGGCUACCCGUCACGGCGGUCUGCCACUGACCUGGAUGCCACCCCCAGGACAACAGUCACCUUUGACGAACUCUCAGGUGUCCGGCGCUUCAGUGGGCGCAGCCUCAACUACAGCACCCUGCUGCUGGAGGACGACCAGGGCAUUCUCUACGUGGGCGCCAGGGGAGCCAUCUUCGCCCUCAACUCCAGUGACGUGGCCGAUGGCUCCCACCGCACGAUCCACUGGGAAGCCUCUCCAGAGAAGCAGAUGGACUGCCUGCAGAAAGGCAAAAACAACAAGACUGAGUGCUUCAACCACGUGCGGUUCCUGCAGCGCCUGAACAGCACCCACCUCUAUGCCUGUGGCACCUACGCCUUCCACCCGCUCUGUGCCACCAUUGAUGCUGACAGGUUCAUGUUGCCAUCCCACUUUGAGGAAGGCAAGGAGAAAUGCCCAUACGACCCUGCCCGUGGCUACACUGGCCUCAUCGUGGAUGGCGGCUUGUACACGGCCACACGCUACGAAUUUCGGAGCCUCCCCGAUAUCCGGAGGAACCUGCACCAGCGGCCACUGAAGACAGAGGAGUCACCGCUGCACUGGCUGAACGAUGCUGAGUUUGUGGCCUCUGUGCUGGUCCAGGAAAGCAAAGACAGCCCUGUGGGUGACGAUGACAAAAUCUACUACUUCUUCACGGAGCGGGCAGGCGAGGAGACCACAUCCUUCUUUGACAAGAGCCAGGUGGCCCGAGUGGCCCGGGUGGCCCGUGUCUGCAAGAGUGACGUGGGGGGGAAGAAGAUCCUGCAGCGCAAGUGGACGUCCUUCAUGAAGGCACGCCUGGUCUGCUACAUCCCCUACUAUGAGGUGCUGCGCAGCAUCUGCAGCCUGGAUGGGGGCGGCUGGACCAGCACUGUCUUCUAUGCUGCCUUCACCCUCUCGGCACAGUGGAGGACCAUGGAGGCCUCAGCUGUGUGCCGCUACAGCAUCUCGGCAGUGCAGCAUGCCUUCGAGGGCCCCUACAUGGAGUACCAGGACUCGGCUCGCAAGUGGUCCCGCUACGAUGGCGUGGUGCCUGAGCCCCGGCCUGGCUCUUGCAUCACGGACCGCUCCCGCAGGAAGGGUUACAACUCCUCGCAGGACCUGCCCAACAGCGUCCUGGACUUCAUCAAGCUGCACCCGCUGAUGUUCGAGGAGGUGAAGCCGGCAGGCGGGGGGCCACUGUUGGUGAAGAAGAACGUGGCCUACAGCCAGCUGGCCGUGGACAGGGUACGGGCUCUUGAUGGCCAUUCCUAUGAUGUGCUCUUCAUGGGGACAGGGGACGGCUGGAUCCACAAGGCUGUGGUGGUGGGUUCCAGCAUCCACAUCAUGGAGGAGGUGCAGGUGUUCAGGGACCCACAGCCCGUGGAGAGCCUGGUGAUCUCCCACGCCCAGCGGAGCCUGUACGUGGGGGCAGCCAGUGGGGUCCUGCAGGUGCCCCUGGCCUCCUGCGACAGGUACAUCUCCUGCUACGACUGCAUCCUCGCCCGGGACCCCUACUGCGCCUGGGACGGCCGGGGCUGCCGCACCACCACCACUGCUGACAGGACGGGGCUGGUGCAGGACAUCCAGAGCGGCAACAAGGGAUGCCGGAGCAGCUCUGGGCGGGGCUCCCUGCUGUGGAAGAACCGGACGGUGCUGCGGGGGGAUGACGUGCUGCUGCCCUGUGACCAGCGCUCCAACCUGGCCCGGGCCGUCUGGCUGCUGAACGGCAGCAAGGUGCCAGCCAUGGGGCAGGACCGGCUGCGCGUCGGGGUGGACGGGCUGCUGGUGACAGACACGCUGCCCCAGCACAGCGGCGAGUACCGCUGCUAUGGGGAGGAGCGGGGACUGCAGACACUGCUGGCUGCCUACAGCCUCACCGUGCUGCCUGAGCUGCCCCACGGCGCCACGACUGCCCCACGGCCCCAUGCCGCCAGCCAGGCGGCCGGUGAUGUGAAGGUGGCCUAUGUGUCCGCCAUCGUCGCCUUGGUGGUGCUGUGUGCUGUGCUCAGCACUGUCCUCCUCUACGUCUCCUGCCUGGAGAAGCGCAAGGGCAAGUACGUGCUGGGGGAGCCGCGGCCGGCCAGUGUGGAGCUGCAGACUGUCUCGGCCAACUGCCUGCGCAAGGGCCGCCGGGAGGAGGAGGAGGAGGAUGAAGAAGGGCUCGCCUACCCCGACGGCUGCCUGCGGAUCAUCCCUGGCGAGGCACCCACGGCUGCCACCUCCCCGGUGAAGGAGGUGCCGGUCACCGUGCCCCCGCUGCCGCCACCACCGCCGCUGCCAGCCGAGCUCACCAACGGUGUGGGGGCUCUGCCCAGCGUCCUGCGCAAGAUGAAUGGCAACAGCUACAUGUUGCUGCAGCAGCAGGAGGAGCCACUGGCCUCCCCGCUCUACAGCGCGUCCUUCACUGAGGAGCUCAGCAAGAUCCUAGAGAAGCGGAAACACACGCAGCUGGUGGAGAAGCUGGACGAGAGCUCCGUGUAGGGGUCGGGGGGGGGAUCCUGCCAGCAGGACCCCCCCUCCAUCUGGCCCCUUUUCCCACCCCCUGCCAGCAGUGUUACAAGACUUGGGCAAAACUACCUCCCGGAUGGCAGAGCCAGGCCGGGCCUGGGCUCAGCCAUUCCUUUGGCUUUUCACUCACUUUUGAGACUCACUGUACAGAAAAAAAAGAAAAGAAUCUAUUUAAAUUUGGGAGCUCUAUUUAUGUAUAAAAACCCACCGAUGGCGGCCACAAGCUGGAGGCAGGAGCUGGCACCUGGCUGAAGGUGGACACCGGGGCGAGGGAGAGUUUCUGUCUGUCUGUCCAUCCAGGUGUGAGACACUUGUGGACGCAUGGACUCGGGCAGCCCUGCUGGGCAUCCCUCGGUGCGCUGGAGCUGGAUGGCUGCUGAGAGGUGGGUAAGGAGCUGGGAGGGGUGCUGGGGGCUACACUGAGGUGCCUGUGCCUCUCACAUGGUGCAAGGUCCCUUCCCAGUGUGGGGCUGAGGGGGUUCCCCCAGCUGCAGGAGGGGGGUUGCAAACACAUGUGAGGGGUGGCCUAACUGGCUGCCAGCCCCUGCCUCCUCCCCCACAUCUGCCCCCCAGGGUUUCCUUUCAGGAAGAGGAUGGUUCAGCGAGGGAUGGAGAGGGAUGGCGCUGGGGUGAGGAGCCCAUGUCCCAAAUGCCCUGGAGCAGCUGUUGGAGGGGCGUGUGCCCACUGCAAGGGGACCCCAGGGCACUGCAGGGAAGAGCGGGAUGCAGCAGCAGCCAGCAACAAGAUGCACCAGCAGCAGAGGCAGCAGCCACCACUAUGCUCUGCAGCAUGGUGAGGGACCAGGACAGCACACACGUCUCCACAGCAGCCACAGCACCACAUUUCUGCUCUCCCAUGUGGUGCCGUUGGAGACCUGGGGUUCAGGCACAGCCCUGUCACCUGUGGGACAACACGUGAGAGGGAGAAUGUCCUCACACAGACCUGGACCAGGGCCUGGCUCCCUCUGGGGACUCAUGCUCUUCAUGGCACUUUCCAGGGGCAGCCACUGUCCCUAAAUCCCCCCAACUACCUCUGCUCCUGCCACCUCCUGAGGGAACCGGAAGGACUGUGGUGACAAGAACGUGUUGUGCCCUGGGGACAGGGUGGUGACACCAGGACAGACAUGCUGGGGGCUGUGUGUGUUCCCACCCUGUUUGUUGCCAGGAUCAGGACAUCACAUGGAGCUCAGCCCUGAAGGGGGGCAGGAGGAGGCAGCAGCCCCAGGGGUCCAUAACAGGGGGAGCCCAGGCCCUUCUCCCUGAGAAGAGCAAGGCUUAGCGGGAAAAGCCAAGAGCCGGACCCCUGGGCACCCCUGUCCUGCCCCCACCCUCAUUUUUGCUGCUGGGGGGAUAAGCCACCCCCAAGCACAGCUGCCCCCAAUAAGGGGCAUCACCCUCCGUUCGUGGCACCCCUUGUGCGCAGCCCCACAUGCCCCCAGCAAUAAACGCGGCUCUGUCUGGA